AUGGUGGAAGGGAUUGCCGCAUAUGGUGUAGGAUUUAAGCUUCUAUCAAUGCAUGAGUUGAGGACUUGGAUCCUUAAGGAAGAAGUUGGCUACAUUAAUACGAUGAUGGAAGAACAUAAGAAAGCUUGGGCAGAGUAUGGAUGUACUAUUAUGUCUGAUGGUUGGACUGAUGAUGAUUUUGUCAAAGAAGUUGGAGAGGAGCAUGUCAUUCAAGUAAUAACAGAUAAUGCUUCCAAUUACAAAAUGUUGGAGUGA